AGGGACUUGGAUAGAGAGAGAAAAAAAUCUUACGAGGUUUUUUUCUAGUAUAAAAGGGAAACAAAUGUAGGGGUACUUAAACAGGAAAAAUGAAUUAAGUAGAUAAAAAAAAAAAAAAAAAUUUAUUUUACAAACCGCAACGAGAAAACAUUAUAAUCUCUUUUUAUGACAAACAUCCAUCAUCACCAAGAUAUAUGAAAAUAAUAUGAUAGAUAGGAUAGAUACAUAAUAUACAACUUAAAAACAUAGAAAUAUAAAAACGAAAAACCCUAAUUUUGAAAUUCUAAUGAUGACAUGAGAGGAGCAUGGCUAAGGAACACGAAACGAGCGCGCAACCAUGGGGCACGUUAGAGGAGCUAUUGCUAGCGUGCGCCGUAAGCCGGCACGGCACCAGGUGCUGGGACUCCAUCGCCAUGGAACUGCAGAAUCGAAGCUCAAGCGUGGCCCCGUCUUUGCUUACUCCACAGACCUGCAGGGACAAGUUCCACGACCUCAAGCGACGCUUCACGUCUAAGAAUGAUGAUCGGCCCACCAGCUUGGUUGAUGAGCUCAGAAGGAUUCGAGUCGAGGAGCUCCGCCGGGAGGUCCGACGUCGUGACGUUUCGAUCCUGUCUUUGGAAUUGAAGGUCAAGAGGAUGGAGGAGGAGAGGGACCGGAGCUUGAAGGAGGCGGAGUUGCAGGUGGAUCUGAAGAAGAUUCCUGAUGGUGCUGAUGGAGGAGUCAGAGAGCUUGCUCCUCGUCCGGAGAAUCACGCCGAGAAAUCAAACUCCGGCAACGACUCCGAUACCGACGACCGUGAGAACCGAUCCUUCAACGAGUCCAAUUCCACGAGUCAAAAAGUCGAGGAGGCCAAACAAAAUGGAAAUGGCGUCGUGAUUGAAAAAGCGGAGUGCGAACCGGAGCAAAACGAAUCGGAUCCGGUUCGUAUCCGAUGCAAACCGGAGCGCGAUUGGUCAGCUAACGGUAAGGUAAUAGACGACGAGAAUGGCAAUGAGACGGAGACGGUGGGGCGGGGGCCCGAGGCGGGUGAGUCGAACGAGGCGUGGGAAUCGGUUGGCGAGUCGAAGCGGGAGGGGAAGGAAUUAGUGGGGGUGGCAUCAAAGCAAAGCAGUGACGUUCAGAGCUCGGCGAGCCUGUCGAGGAAGAAACGGCGUCGUAAGGGUCAGGGUGACGGAGUCGCUGCCGGAGGGGCUAGCAGCGGCGAGGAGCCCGAGGGUGACGAGGUUUCUCCCGCCACCAAACGAGUCUCCACCGUCAAAUCUGAGCCAUUGGUCAAGUUCCUUGGGAUCAUCCGUUCGCAUCGGCUCGGCUCUGUAUUUGAGCGACGGCUUCGGAGCCAGGAAUCCGGGAGAUACAAAAACUUGAUCCGGCGGCACAUGGACCUCCAAACUGUUCAAGCCAGACUCGACAAAGGCGUCUACUCCGAUUGCAUUCACAAGUUCUUUCGAGACCUCCUCCUUCUGUUCAAUAAUGCCAUCGUUUUCUUCCGUAAAACUUCUCCGGAGCACAUCGCAGCACGAGAGCUACGGGCCCUAGUGUUGAAGGAAAUGAACCAUAAUAAGCUUGGGAAGAAACCUCAACCCACCACCUUAAAAAUGGAACCCAAACGAGAAGUAGAUUCCUCUGCCAAAUCCAACAAGUCUUCUUCUAUCAUUGUAGAGUGCCGUAAGCGCAGUUCUAACAAGGCACUUUCCGAAGGUACCAACAAAAGGAGAGACGUCAAGAAAGAAAGAAAGGUUGAUGAAAAACCAAAGGCGAACGAGAAGAAGAUUGAUGCUUCAUCGGCUAAAAUGAAGGACAGGGGCGUUAGGAAGAAGAGGACCCACGAAACGGUCGGCCGGAGAGGCAGUUCGAGAAGUACUAGCACCAAGGGCGGAGAAACGAAACAUGAAUAUGGUGGAAAUGAGCUGAGCUCUCAUGAUGCAUUAGAGGCAAAGGUGGAGAAGAAAGAAAACGCGAAGAAGAAGCAAGGCGUUGAAAGCUUCUUGAAGAGAAUGAAGCAGAACUCACCAAAGGAUCAAGUGGAGGAAGAAAAUGAUGAUGAUGAGGAUGAUGAUGAUGAUAUUGUUUCAGAAGAAGAAAGUAAGGAUAGUAAAAUGGAGAAGGAGAAGAAGGGAAGGGGUAGGAAGAAGUCAGAAGGGAGGAGAGAAGAAAGGGUGACAAGAAGUAGUUCUUCAGGGGGAAGAGGGUCAGGGGUGAGAGACGAAAUUGGAAGGGCCAAAAGAGGGGUAGGGAGGCCGCCAAAGAGACAGGAUUCUAUGGCGGCUGCGAGUGGUAGAAGGGGGAGAGAAAAUAAUGGUGACUCUGAGGUUGGCAACGGAGGUAGAUCGAGGAAGCGCUUGAGGAGAUGAUGAUGAUGGCUUGGCUGUUGUAUUAGUAUAAUGUAAAUUAAUUAGUGCGCUUUUACUUCUUUUUUUUUUGGGGUCUGCUAAUAGUGUUUAGUUUGUCCACAGAAAGAUAACGAGAGGUGUUUUGAAACUUUGUAUUUUGCAUGUAUACAUCAAGUGCCAGGGGUAGAAAAUCA